CAUUAAUGACUAAUUAUGUACAACAAUACAAACGUGUGGAAAAACGUAAUUGGAGCCGGAAUAUUUCCUCUGGGAAUGUCGCCGGCCACUGGUAUAGAUGUUCCGCUUCUUCCGGAGCACAAGCUGACAGAGAAGCGUGGAGCAUCGGUGUCCGGAGCAGUGUUCAAUGUGUCAACUACCGUAAUAGGUGCAGGGAUUAUGUCCAUACCUGCCACUCUUAAGGUGCUUGGUGUAAUUCCUGCUUUUGUAUUGAUUGUUGUUAUUGCAUGGCUGGCUGACAUUUCUGCGGAGUUCUUGAUGAAUUAUACACAUUCCGGCGACUCAACCACAUAUGCCGGCGUCAUGAGGGAGGCCUUUGGGCCGGUCGGAUCUUUGGCUGUGCAAAUUUGUGUCAUGAUCACUAAUCUUGGGUGCUUGAUAAUUUAUUUGAUCAUUAUUGGGGAUGUCCUCUCAGGAAAUGUUCAUGAAGGGUCAGUUCACUUGGGGGUGUUGCAAGAAUGGUUUGGCAUUCACUGGUGGAAUUCACGCGCUUUCGCACUCUUGGCCAUUGUAAUUUUUGUCAUGCUUCCUCUAGUCUCCUUCAGGCGUUUAGAAUCACUGAGGUUCAGCUCAGCUAUAGCAGUUCUCCUGGCAGUAGUGUUUGUUGGGAUUAGCUCAGUUUUGGCAAUCUCUGCAUUCAUUGAAGGGAAAACAAACAGUCCCAGAUUGCUGCCUCAACUUGACAAUCAAGUUUCCUUCUUCGACCUUUUUACUGCUGUGCCAGUGAUUGUGACAGCCUUCACCUUUCAUUUCAAUGUUCAUCCUAUUGGUUUUGAGCUUGGCAAACCUUCUGAUAUGAUAUCAGCAGUAAGGAUUUCACUAGUAAUCUGUGCUGCCAUCUACUUCUCCAUAGGCAUUUUCGGGUACCUUUUGUUCGGGGAAUCAAUCAUGGCAGAUAUACUAGUCAAUUUCGACAGAAGUUCUGAUACGGCAACUGGUGCAUUACUGAAUGACAUUGUUAGAUUAAGCUAUGCCUUACACCUUAUGCUGGUGUUUCCUCUCUUGAACUUCUCUUUAAGAGCAAACAUUGAUGAAUUUCUUUUCCCAAACAAGCCUCUACUGGCAAAAAGCACUACCAGAUUUGUGUCACUCACUCUGAUCUUACUAAUCUUCACUUACCUCUUAGCAAUUGCCAUUCCAAAUAUAUGGUACUUCUUUCAGUUUGUGGGAUCAACCUCUGCAGUGUGUCUUGCCUUUAUUUUUCCAGGUGCUAUUGUGCUAAGGGAUACCCACAGGAUAUCUACAACAAAGGAUAGGAUCAUAGCUCAAAUAAUGAUAAUUCUGGCUGUGGUAACGAGUACAGUUGCCAUAUCAACAAAUAUAUAUAGCAUGAUGAGAAACAAGUCUUAGUUUAUCUUCUCCAAUUUUUCCUUGUCCAAAUUUUCCGCAGUUGAGGUGCCUGUACUUGUGUGUAUCCGUGGAACUUAGCAGCGAAAAAUCAAGCAGAUGCUUUUGCAAAUUGAGUGUGUAAAAUUGCAAGUUGAGCAGUUAAUGAGUCUUGCUAUCUACUGCAACAAAGUUCUGGAUAUGAUUAUGCACAAUAUCCUACAAUGAGGCUACAAGGAUGAACCCUCUUAUGAUAUUGGAUGAGACUCGGCUACCAAUUCUAUCAGUACAUCACAACAUUUGCAGAAGUCAUCUUUGUACUUGUCUAUUUCAUUUCAUUGCUUGAACUCCUUGUUUGGUAUAAAAAACUUCACAAGAAUUCAAUUUUAUUUCGAUUCUUUUUUUAAAUGAAAUCAUUUAUGAUUUUGUAA